UAAUUAUUAAUUUAUUAUAAUAACAACUAUCACUAUGUACAUGUCAAUGGAUAUGCUAAAAUCGGAUCAACUCCAUUUUUAUACUGCCCAUUUUACAUCGGAUCCAGCCCAACACCUUAAACUAAAAGAGCUACCCAACAAACUAAACGUAACCCACAAUAUAUAACCACCAUCACCUUUCGGCCAUACCAUUUACACUUCAGCCUCCUUUAAAAACCAUCAGUCCAUCAGAUCAUUUAUACCUAAUUCAGCCUCCUUCAUAGACCACCGGUUGCUCAACCUUCAGCCUCUAUCUAUAGUUUGAUUCAGAUUCUCACCAUUCUUUUCCACAGCGGCUGAGUGCUCUUCUUUCUUCACUCUGGAAGGUGGAGUGUCUUCCCCGAGUGCAAUACCUGCAUAGACAUGGCUAAUUUUAGUACAAUUUCAGGUUUAGGCUACAUAGUUAACUUCAAAAGGGCGUUGCAUCAGUACAAUGAAGUAUGGGCACACGACUGACUGGUAUCUCUCAAAAGGAUUUGCAGUACAAUCCAUUUAAUGCACAUCUCAGAGCCGCCUGGAGAUCCAUUAUUAAAAAUUAUUUAUAUUGUCCAAUUGUUCGUAAAUCGAAUUGUGGAGCGAAGCUUAAAGAUUUUUUUGUACUUCGCAUUUAAUGCUAUUUGUGGAGCGCCGAACCUACAUGCUACUUUUUGCACUACAGCCUGUCAAAGUAUUGUCAAGGCAAUGAAUGAGGUGGGCAGUACUUGGGAGGAGCCUUAUGCGCACCAUAGGCUAUGCCAUCUUGCAUCGAAUGUGCACACUCAUUUCAAAGACACUCACCUAAAAAAUCUUUUUGUUUGGACCACACUCAUUUCAAGAAGAUAGGGGAAAUGAGAUUGGAGGCACGACAAUAUCCUUUAUAUUUUUUGUAGGCAUGGAGGUGACAGCGGAUCCUGGGCCGAAUGAUCGUUCUGUCCUGACAUUGCAGGAGUCGCACAGGAGUGAGGAUGUGUGGCUUGGCCUCGAUGUUCAAGUGGAUAGGUGUUGCGAGCACCUACGUGGUUUGUCGCAUGUCCGGGUGGACGAUAGAGUGCUUGCAUGUGUUCGUGCUGCUGGAUUUUAUGGUCUGCACAGAUUGGUGGCUACUGUCCCUCUCGAUAGAGCGCUACUCACUGCUCUUCUUGAGCGUUGGAGGCAGGAGACACACACGUUUCACCUCCCUGUUUGUGAGGUGGCAGUGACCUUGGGAGAUGUUGUUGUACUGACUGGGUUACAGGUUGAUGGGGGAGCUGUGACUGGUACUGCUUGUCGACAGUGGGUUGAUGAGUGUGAGCGUUUGUUGCGUGUUCGCCCCGUUCUUCGGACUGACAGGGUUCAUCUCUGAGGAUGUUAUGGCUGAGGGAGCAUUUCACUGAGCUUCAUCCGGACGCCGAUGAGGUGAUGAUCCAGCAUCGUGCGCGGGCAUAUAUUUUGAUGAUGAUGAUGGGAGCUUCCAUUUUCGUUGACAAGAGCGGAAUUGAGAUUCAGGUGCUGCACUUGCCUAUGCUAGAGAGGUUUGAUGUAGCAGCACAGUUCAGCUGGGGUAGUGCCACGCUGGCUUAUCUCUACAGACAGCUGUGUCGCGGCUGCCAUAGAGGGAGCACGGAGCUUGGAGGAUUUUUGCUACUUCUCCAUAUUUGGUCAUGGGAGUACAUCCACAUUGGACGUCCCAUUAUAGUGGCAUACCAUGACAUUGAUGGACACCCACUGCCUGAUGAGCCUCCACAUCUCCUAGGACCACAUCAUGUACUUGGCGGGGACCCUCUGGGUCGUCGAUAGCUAUUUGCUGGUCUAUCUUGCACGUCAUCGGCUUCUGGGCUUGGUGUGUACAUGGAUGCAUUUGAUCGGAUGUCUGAGGAUCAGAUUACAUGGUUGCCAUUUACGGCUGAGAUGUUUGCAGAGUUGGCCUCCACUGGACGAGAGCAUUCUCACAUAUGGCGAGCAUGUGUGCCGUUGAUAUGCUUUAACAUCGUUGAGCUGCAUUCACCCGAUCGUGUAUUGCGACAGUUUGGGUUUGAGCAGGUCAUCCCGGCACAUAUCGACACGUAUGUAGAGCUUCAUAGGCUGGAUAGGCGUGGGAAGCAUACGGAGGAUUGGGCACUGAGAUAUGUCCGAUAUGUCACUCUCUGGGACAGGCGAGCUGAUCUAGUUGUGACUGGGACACCGACAUUUGCCCCAUCUGUUUCAGGAGACUACAUGGGAUGGUAUUACAGCAUCACUCGUUUGUUUGUGUCUCCUUCGUUCAGACUCCCUACUCACCAUUGCCAACCUAUCUUCUUGGCUUUGCAUCUUACACUCUGCAGCGUAUACAUCAGCGGGCUACUGCCACAAUGAGUGAUACGUAGGACGUGGACAUGUACGGUCAAGCUCUGACGGGCAUUGCCUCCUUGUGUUCAGAUGUGUUGGGGCGAGUCGACUACGGCUAUCUUAUACACAUGCCCUCAUCUCAGGAUAUGCCAUCGACAUCUAGUGCAGUGGCGGCUUCAUCAUCCCAGACUCAGCAUGAGAGAGUGGUUCUUCAACCACGACAACGGCGUAGGCGUAGGAAGCAACAACAACAUCUCCAUGACCAAGACGAUCUAGAUGACCAUGACAAUUUGUAGUUUGUCCUUUUUAUUGGAUUUUUCUUGUACACUAGAUUGUAGACACAAUUGACUUAAUUUUACGUAUUUCCACCUCUAAACUCUUGUAUGAUGUGUUAUGAAUAUUGGAUGAUUGUACUAUGUUUUACCGGUUAUUGAUGCGGUGUUUUGUAUGUGAUUGAGAGCAGGUGUUAGGUA